CAGAGCAAUUUGAAUGUCACAUCCUCAACAUCGCCAUCACGUACUCUGGAAUGACGAGAUAAAGAAAUGGGUUGUUACAAAUGGAACAAUGGCGGGAGCGUGGCUACGUCCCCGACUCUGAUGACGAGGAUGAACUGGACAUUCUUCGGGGGCCUGAACUCGAGGAAUUAGACGAUGAUGACCCAUUACAAGGCGAUACUGGGCUGUUUGCUCGAUCAACAACGGCGAAUAAGGAUUCGAACAUUGCCCGUCUACAAGCCAGUUUUACUAGGUCUGAGCAGAGUGAACCUCCCUCAUCGCCGGACGAACUACACUUUGACGAGCAUCUACCAGCCAGAGCCCCGGCCAGACAUAUUGUUAAGGCCUUCACAACGUUGAAUGAUGAUCUUGAUGGUGACGGAGACGGGUCCUCAUCCCUUUCGUCUCCCCCAUCCACGAUCACCUUCCCGUGGUCAACCAAGAGCGCCCAAUUGGACCAGAGUCGAGCUGCAACGGUCGAAGAACAUCCAAAGGAAGACGUUAUACAACUCGAAGAAAUACCCGACGAUAUUCUUCCAGGUAUUCAUGGGCAUCACGGCAGGUCUUUAAGACAACGAAAUGCUAUCCAAUUGCAUCCAUACCUUUUGGAAAAUGCUCAGUAUCAAAGGCUGCUAAAAGCAAGAGGCUUACAACCCGUCCGUGUCAACAUCGUUGACCAUGCACCUCAAAAGGAUUCAGAUGAGAGUCAAAACCAGCUCUAUCAAGAUGCAAACGCUCUGCCUUCAAGCAGUCCGGACGUUUCUUUCCAUUUCCCACCCUCGUCUCCUGGACCAGUAGAACCGACCGAUACCAGACGUCCUCCGCUAUGUCCUUCGUCGAACCAACCUCAAGUCGUUAUUCGCAAGUACAGCAGAAAAACAUACGGCUCUUCCAGAACAGAACGAAACGAUAAAGCCUGGCAAAGCAAUAAACGCCGCAAAAUUUCAAAUAGCAACGAAGAAGCCAGGGCCACUGUCCAGGUUUCAUCCAGCCAGGACCAGGUCGCUGUGGUCGAUAAUAUUAUUAGCCGUUCUCAAGGAACCAGUAUUUUUGAUGUACCUCUCUCACCACCGCCUUCUGGCAGCCUCUCGUCUGCACAAUCAUUUCAAAGUCCACGAGAUGCAAAUGAGUUUCGCUUUCCUCCUGGAAUGACACCCCCCACCGUUGCCACCCCAACCACGGAGACACGCUCAAGGUCGAACGGUGUACAGACCAUUUUUGCGGAGCUUUUGUCAGAAGCCGAAUCAGAAAAUGACAUUGAAACGGUUCAGCAGGCCGACAGUGACUCCACUCCAGAGACCUCAGAAGCGGAGUCUACCGAAUUAAGAAGAAUAAGGCGAAAAAUUAAGGGCGUCCUUCCCGCCUCAUGGCUAAGACUUGAUCUUCAAGAACAGGAAAAGAAAGCCAAAGAGGCAUCCAGAAAGGAAGCAUUGAAAUUCGCCAACCGUCAACGAGAAAAUGCCAAGGGUAUUGCUCGAAAAAUAUCUAGAACUGGCAAUGAGAGGAUCAAUACAGGUGGCUCCCGUGCAACUGCCUUUCUGAUAUCUGACGAUUCUGGCUCUGAUGUAGAGCUCGUGGGAUCCGUGAAGCCUUCUUACCACUCGAAUACAACCUCCAGACGGCCCAACGGACUGGAGAGUCUCGUGAUGGAUUUAGACGACGAAGCUGAUAUUCCGGAAGACAAUCGAAUUGAUUACAUGUAUCCUGCGCCGCGUCAUUAUAUAUCAUCCGAUAAACGCGUGUCAUUAGGCCCUAAGGGGGGCAGGAAAAGAGAAAAUAAUUCUACUUCUAGGAGAACCCAAGGCUCAACCCGCAAACCCAGGCGACAGGCAAGGAUUACCGAUACUAUAAGUAGGCGAGACCGGUCAGAAAACAAGGUCCCCAGGAUACCUAGACUAGGUAUACUUGAUGCUCCGGAUCUCAAAAACAGACCUUCACAUUGCCAGCCCCAGUUCCUCCGGGUUGCGGCUCGUUGUGCCCGAAGAAGGCGCAAUUAUGCACGACAAAGUCAGAGCCGCAAAUUUUUCCGAUUGGGCAAUAGGGAUGACACGCAAGAUAUUAACGAAACGCUACGUGCAUGGAGAAACGGGACGAUAGCACAGAAUUGCCUUGUCAGUUGGGAAAGCACGAAAGAAUGCCCAGGUUUACAAAUACGGAGCAAUUCCGAUCCUACGCUUCUUCAGCGUGGCCCUAGCGACGUUAAUGAUUCUCUUGAUGUACCAAUGGGCGAUUCUCCCUCUAACCGUCUGGAUGCUGCUGUGAUUGGUAGAGAAAAUAUCGACCGGACAUUCCACCAACAUGAAAUGGAUUCGGUACGAAGUCGGCCAGCAACGACACCCAAAGCCAAACAAAGCCGACUACCUCGCCAUGGAUUCGUUGUUUCCUCUUUUAAGCGACGUGUUCCAAGGCCAGUGGAAAUGGACAGCAGCUCCAAAGCAUAUGUUAGUGGCGGAGGCGCUUCUUUCUCCUUCCAAAAGACGCUCUCCACGUUGAAUGCGGACUAUAGACAGCUGAACAGAAAUGAUCGACUUCCAUUAGCAAGAUUCCUUUCCCGAAACGGUCGCCCAAUGCCUAGGGGAACCGAGUCCAUACUUCCACCUAAGGGCGGCAAAAGCAUAACCCAAACGCUAUUCCCUAAAACUAACAUCUCCCUGCCCAGAGAGCCAAGGAAGCGAAGACCUCAACACAUCGAUUCGGAGGCGGUUGAAUAUCGUCAACCUCUUGAACAUGACUUCAAUGUGGUUCCAGCGGAUUCUGUGAAAUCUGCUGAGAUAGGCGAAUCCCGGCCUUUAAGAGGCCUUCAUCCAACGCUACAAUGGUAUACCGUUGACUUCGACACGUUCCCUCUCCAGGCUGGCACUUAUUUCCACGAGUCUACUUUUAUUGGAAGCGGUGAGUUCGCCCGGUCAUUGAACUUGUUAUCUCGGGAUCUUGAUAGGAAUUGCGGUCAAUCUACUAUAUUCGAUGGUAAUCAUGUCUAUCGAUGGGGUACAUGGAAUGAUACAUUAUCUUCCGAACUUGGGACCUUGCUGGAGAGAAUCGUGGUCACCCCGACGAGGUCUGGUGCAAGGCAUGACCAUGCACAGGCUAGCUCUCCUUCGCACAGAACGCAACUAUUACAACUUUACAGAUCUGUCAUCCUGUUUGCCAGCGAUACACUUAGUUUUAGCGACCCCGUUGAUAGGAAAAUUUGUGUUGAGAGGUGCUUGUCUAUUCUUUCUAUAUUACGCGAUGGGACUCGAUCAUAUACCCCUGACAUCGAAAAUUUGGAAGAGCUUGAAUACAGUGUUCAGAUCGAAAUGUUCAACCUGGUGCUUGCGAAUCAAAUCCAACAAAUUGCAUCGCACGAACUUAUUGCAUCGAGAAAAGCGCUUGAAAUCGGUAAUGUGAUGAGCGACUUUGCUAGUCGUGUUCUUCAAAUGCUGCUAAGUGACUCCGGAACAUAUUGCAUCAGAAAGUUUCUCGAGGAAAACAAGCGUCUAGAGAAGAGAGAGGCAGGAAUUCGACAGGAAUACCCCCUUGUGGAUGCAUACCUUGUGACUCGACGCAUUAUUUACGGUCAGGUUCAACCCACAAAACCAAUGGCCAGUGACCCUGUUUCAAAAGGUCUCUGGGCAUUGGCUCUCGACCGGUGCCUCGAAGAUAUUCGAGAUUUAGAAAGGAUCUGGCGAAGCUUAUUUUCACUCCUGCCUCUCCAAGAGUUUGAUGAAUUAGGAAUUUUCCGAGUGGGCCUCCGAUUCAAAGAUUGCCAGAGUCACUGGGGUGUCGUCGCUCAAUUGAUAUCAAAGGUCUUUGAGAUAUAUAAACUUGAUGGUGGUGGGCAAAGCCCCUCCUUCAAUAGAUAUGUUAGAGCGCUUUUUCAUCGCUGCUUCCAUUUAAUAAAAGGGUGGGGAUGGCAACAUUGCAUUCCUAUACUUGAAAACCUCUUCGAUUUCUUUGCACGGAAUUUAUUCCACAACCUCCGAAAUGAACCUACAUAUGGAUCCCCGACCUUCCUUAACGACCUUGAUAAGUCGCCAGCCCUCGAUGUCGAUUCAAGUGACACUUGUUUCCACAUAUUUUUAAAAAUUGUUGCAACGGCAUUACGUUCCAUGACUACGUUCCAAGAUAAAAAGAAGAUCCGAAAUAUCGCCUGGCGUCUGCUACCAAACCACGGCCGAGUUUAUCCAAAGGACCAGCCUCUGCGUGAAGAAGAUCUUGACGCUCUGCGAAAUCAUCAUGAUCUCCUAUGUACACUUUAUUGGUCAGUUCCGGACGGGUGCCGACCACGUCCAGAAACCAUUCGACAUUUAGUACAUCCCGCAACGUCUCAUAAAGAAGCGUGCAGUAUUAAUAUUCAUGCCUGGUCUAGGCUGGUAAGGUUCAAAUUGUCCACAGGAGAGGAAGGAUCAGGUCUUAUGGAGUUUGCCAAUUGGCAUAGCGACUUUACUGUGGAAAUGCUGAAGCAACACUCGCUUGCUCGGACAGAACUGGAGAAUGCAGUUGUCCUGGCUUCUACAUUCGCUCGCCAAUCCAUUGAAAAUGCAAUCACCAAAAAUCAGAGACAAAUAGAGUCCCUCAUCAACAGCGCUCUAACUGGCAUGAAGAAAGCGCUGGAGACAGCCACGACUAUGUCUCACGCUAUGAUAUUAAUGGAGAAGCUUCCUAUCGAGAAGCUGCUGGGCUUGUUCAAUCCAUCAGUGAGGCGGCUGAACGGAGUUGUGUGCCAAACCUUAGAGUUGUUGCAUGCUUAUACAGCCAUGGGAAGCCAGACCCAGAGGUCCCAGGUGUCUGUUGAUACUAGUGAGGACAGUCAAGAUUAUGGUGAUUGGACCGGAUUUGAAGAAAUAUACGAUCAGCAGAUGAACGUAGCGGACCCUGCGAUUACCUACAUAGACACUGUUAUUCGGCCUGCGCUCUCUCGAUUUGUAUCGCGUGUCUUCGGAGAGGACCAGACGCCCGACGAUUCUCUGCUCACGACUGCAAUAGAUACAUGGGUAGAGGUGGCAAAUGUUCUUGUCAAACAUCGAUUGCGACAAUGGGAUAGUUACCUUAACCUCUAUGAUGGAGAAUCUUGGGCAUCCCUGAGAAUGACCGACCAGACAAGGAGGUUUAUGCCAUAUUUCCUUGCAAGCCUCAUUUGUAAAGAUUCUGGUGCCCUUUCUGAAUGCCGAUCUCGAAUAUUCAACCACUGGAUCGAAUCGUUAGUAGAAAGGGGUUCGUUGCUUAAAUUUCAGCAUAGCUUGACCACUGCUAUCCUCAACGGGUGCCACAGGGAUCCUCUCUUGGACAACUUGCCGUUUUCAGUGCAUAAAGCGAGUGAGCGAUAUGCCAUAUCAUUGGAUGAGUUUUGCCAGAGGAGAAUAUCACUUCUCUCGUGCCUUCUCUCGAAUAUGCGGGAGCACCUAACCAAGCUCGAGGAAAGGAAUCAGCCCGACGUGUACUUGCGCAGCGAAUACUGUGAGAUAAUUAGAACUUUAAUGGCCAAAAUGCGGCGGAACUAUGAGGAGCUUGGAAGUCCCAAUGGCUCAGGCCAUGGUUCCUAUGUGGGCUUUGUUCACCGGGUAGUCGAGUUCUUGCAACAACAUUCUCAGAGUAUAUGCCCCAUAGACGAAUUUUUCAUGGACCCAACCACAUUUCCGCUCCCUGCUUCUGACCCGACUUAUGUGGUUGCCAAGAUCAAGAGCUAUGGUACUCGUUUGUCAGUUGUUAAAAUUGCGAAACAGCUUGUUAUGUUUGUUCAGAACGUAUCCGAGCGAGCAGCGGUGGAUGGCCACCAGGUUUAUCUCGUGGACCAGGUUUAUAAAGCGAUGCACCACACGUACAGUGAAAAAGAUCAUGGACAACCAUAUCUUCGUUCGUUUCUCUUACAAUGCGUGUUUCCUGCCUACGUUGAAAACGCUUUUAGCAAUCCAGUCGGCUGGAUUUUAGUACGACCAUUAUUACAGUCGACCAGCCGUAUAUUCUUGGAUCUAUUAUUAGACGUGGACACAGCACAUCAUCGGUAUAUCUCUCUCAUUGUGGAAUGCAUACUCGCUUACUUCGUCUCCGUGGACCAUGCACUCCGACUCCUAACUGAUCAUCCGGGACUCCUCGAGGAAGCGUCAGUCCUACUCACACUCAUCUCAUUCUUGGAAACGAUUCUUGCCUCUCUACCACUCAUCGAUUACCUUUACCGCAUCUCAGAGAGUGCCAUUCCAUUGGUGUUGUACGUGAGUUACUUCAAACAAUUCAUCCUCUUCGCUGUGUCUUCGCUCUUCGAUCCGUCCGCCGCCAGAGCGCCUGAUUACAUUGAGUUCACUGGCAAUAAAUUAUCAACUACGCCCGCAUUUUUCAAAGAUAUUCGAGAAUUCGCAACCAAACAACUCCAGAAAUCUCUGAGGAAUGAUUGGUCUUUGCACAAUGGGCAAUACUUUGUACGAAGGGGAAUGCAGAGUAAAACGGUUAUCGUCGAUCCGGCCUGUCUGAACGGAGAUGUGGCGAUGGCAGGGUUCGUGAACACCGCAGAAGUAUUUUUUGGUGUAUUGGAAGGGUUACAGGCAUUUUCAUCAGUAACCUGCUGUUAA